UUUGAGUACACAUACACACCUUCAAAUUAUUUAAUCCAUGGCUCAACUUCACUCCAUGCCUUACACUUCUUGCUGGGAUCUUCAAAACCUUGAAAUCCUCACCGCAGACAUGUCUUUUGUUAUGGAAGGUAAUUCACCAUUUUUCUCUUCUAUGGAGUCUGAUUUUUCUACUGGAUAUUUAGAAGAUGCUUUCGUUGAGUUUCGUGAACGUUCAAAACGACGACGCUUAGUCUUGUACUCUAAUGAUGAUGAUGAUCAUCACAACAAAUUAUCUAAUGAUCUUGCUAAGAGCUACUUUAAUAAUAACAAUGAGUGGGAAAUGUCUGAGAAUUUUAGUUGCAUGAGUCGCUUUACUACUAUACAUGGAGAUUCAGAUGAACCUUUAAGCACGUCAAGUGAAGAGGCAAAUGCAAUUACAGAGAUGAAAACACCUCAAGAGGAAAUAUCAGCCCUUGAAACUCUGGAUUCAUCAUCUUCUUCCUUUAAAUCGAUUUCUUUAUUCGGCAAGGAAAAUAAUCCUCCUCGUCCCGGUGAUGAUGAGAAGAGAAAGAAGAGAUCAGUGAUAAGCAGAGUAGUGUAUCCAUUUGCAUUAGUGAAGCCAGGAGGAAAUGAAGGUGAUAUGACCAUUAAUGACAUCAAUGAAAGAAUCCUAAUGCCGCCGACAAGGCCGGUGAGGCAUCCGGUGGGCGAUUUCGCUUGCCGGCCAUGCGUGUCGGCCGCCGGAAGUACAGGUCUUUCAGGCAAAGCAGUGGUGGCUUUAACAAGAAUCCAUACUCAAGGGAGAGGAACAAUCACCAUUAUUAGAACAAAAGGUUAAAUGUAUUAUAUUUAAGUGUAGUUAAGCUUUAAUUUUCUGUGGUACGUCUCUGUUGUGAAUUGUACAUAAGAAAAGAAUAGUAGUUACAUUGGUAUUAAAUUUUCAGAGCCACCAAAUUUUCUUGUUA